GAUGCAGCUCUCCUCAGCGUGACAUGGAUCUGUGGAGCGUUGUGGGACCAGCGUGUGGAAUAGUUAUGCGUCCUGUGCGGGAUCCAGUGGAGAGGAAGCCGUGAGCGUGAUCUCGUGAUGCCCUCCGUGUCUCUCAGCUUGCCAGCUGCGCUGGCCGGCCGCGCACGCACCUGGGUCUGCCUGUCCUGCAUGUUCUGGCCUGAAGAGUUUGAAGCCGUUCACUCCCACACCUUCCGGCUGAAGACGUUCAAGAAGGGGAAGCAAUGCGGCGUGUGCAAACAGACUGUAAACAAUGAGGGGCUCAUCUGCAGAGUUUGCCGGUUAGCCUGCCACCGGAAGUGUGAGGUUAAGGUAUCAUCCUCCUGCGUUCCUGUUGCCAACUAUGAACUGGCCCCCAGCAAUGACCUCCCACUGAAACAUAUAGAGACAACAGGCUCAACCAAAUCCUCCAAGAGCAUGGAAUCUCGACGCAGACCAUCCAGGAGCUUGAGUCUGAUCCAGGCCAUGGAGGAAAACUAUGAGGUGGACCUGGUCUACAUCACAGAGCGCAUCAUUUCUGUGAGCUUCCCCAGUAAUGUAGAAGAGCCGAGCUACAGCGCUAACAUAAAGGAGGUCGCCACCAUGCUACGCUCCAAACAUGGUGACAACUACUUGCUCUUCAACCUCAGUGAAAAGCGAUAUGAUAUCUCCAAGCUGAAUCCCAAAGUGCUGGAUUUUGGCUGGCCGGACCAUCACGCUCCAGCCCUGGAUAAGAUCUGCAGCAUCUGCAAAGCCAUGGACACUUGGAUGAACGCUGACAGUCACAAUGUGGUGGUCUUACACAAUAAGGGAAACCGAGGUCGAACGGGGGUAGUUGUAGCUGCGUACAUGCAUUACAGCAACAUAUCAGCGAGUGCAGACCAGGCUCUGGACAGGUUUGCCAUGAAGCGGUUUUAUGAAGAUAAAGUGCUUCCUGUGGGUCAGCCCUCCCAGAGAAGGUAUGUGCAGUACUUCAGCGGUCUGCUCUCCGGCCAUAUCAAGAUCAACAACAAGCCCCUGUUUCUGCACCACGUCAUCAUGCACGGGAUCCCAAACUUCGAGUCCAAAGGAGGUUGCCGCCCUUUCCUUAAGAUCUACCAGGCUAUGCAGCCCGUCUACACAUCUGGGAUCUACCAGGACUUAAGGCCCUUUCACACGGUACGCGGCAGUCGCGAGUGUCUAGUACAUUCUCAAUGGGAGACAUGCGGAAAGUGGCAAAACGCGGGCGGUUUCGCUGGUGGCGCGGAGGCGGAGCGCAAGCGGUUCUCCUGCACCCAAAAUCCUGCCGCUUCCACAGGCAACGGCGCUUCGAGGCAGGCGCCGCCAAAGAGAAAAAUAUUUGAUCUUUUUCUCAAGUGUUAUCACAAACGCUUCCGCAGCCCGUCCCGUGAUGUCAUCUUCAGAGUGCAGUUUCACACCUGUGCUGUUCAUGAUCUGGGCAUCAUCUUCGGCAAAGAUGAGCUUGAUGAAACAUUUAAAGAUGACAGAUUUCCUGAAUAUGGAAAAGUGGAAUUUGUCUUUUCUUUCGGCCCAGAAAAAAUCCAAGGAACGGACCACCUUGAGAACGGGCCCAGUGUUUCUGUGGACUACAAUACCCAAGAUCCUCUGAUUCGCUGGGAUUCUUACGAGAACUUCAACCAGUGCUGUGAAGAUUCAGUGGAGGACGUUAUUCACACACAAGGUCCAUUGGAUGGUAGUCUCUACGCUAAGGUUCGGAAGAAAGAGUCUCUCGAGGGAGGGGUCACAACCAAUGGUGUCCCAGCCACUGUCGAUCACACUUUACCUGCUGUAGACCACACUCUACCACCAGUUGACCACGCCUUGUCUGUAAGCAGUGACUCAGGCAAUUCCACUGCUUCCAUCAAAACCGACCGCACGGAUGAAGCCAGCCAUCAGCUGGCCUUGGUGAGUCAGCCGUCCUCCCAGCCCCUUAGCCCAGAGGAAAAACAGGAGCUGGACCAGUUGCUCAGUGGUUUGGAAGCACCAAUGCAUCGCACAGGUUACCAAAACAGCGCUGGCAGCGUAGGCGGUGGAGUCUUACACCUCGUCCCCGCCCAGGUUCAUGUCAAUGGACACAACAACAUAGACCGUGAGACAGAUAUCCUUGAUGAUGACCUGCCCAACAGCCAGGAAGGGAACAGUGUGGACAGUCUCGGAACCAUCUCAUCUUUUGAGGGCAGAGCCACUCCAGCAGAGCUAUACUACCAGUCAGAGACGGUCAUCAAUGGACAAGAUGCACAACAUGACUUGGAGAAGGGUGUCCAUGAGAAAAUACCAGAGCCCAAAAUCCACAGCUCCUCAUCUGUCCAAGAGCACUUAGGGUCCUCUAGUGACUAUGCCAACCAGAAUGGCAACAUCUACCGAUCUCAAUCAUUAGGGGCAGCCCCGACCACAGAGCAGAAGUACAUGCCCAAAGCUCCCACACGCACAACCAGCAGUAAGGAUGCAGUGCAGAGGGGACUGAAUGUGUGGCAACAAUAUGGUGUUCCUGAGGUCCCAGUCACAGAUGGGGUCACCUUCAACCCUGUAUUGCAAUCCCACAGCCUUCCGGAGUUUCCUCACAUGGCAUCUCAGCAAGAAAUUGAACAGUCCAUUGAAGCACUCAACAUGCUGAUGCAGGACCUUGACCCAGCACUUACUCAAGUCCCCAAGUCCCAUAGUGCUCCAUCUGGUGAAGAUGGAGUGGUCACCACCCAACCAUCUUUCUCUCAAACCCAAGCACGGCCGUCCUACCAAGCUGACGCAGCCAUUCAUGGCCGUGGUGGAGUCUGUUCGGGGGGAUACCCUUCGACCUUUCAACAGGUAGCCACAGAGCCUCCACAACCCACCACGAACCAGCAGAGACCCACAGCCAUAUCCCAGCAUUCUGCAUUCCUUUCUGAGGCAGAAGGUCAGGCUCCAAUGUCCCAGUUCACAGUGCCUUCCUCCGCCUUUGGAGUUCUCCAUUUGAAACCCCUCAACAUUUACCCCUCAAGUACCACGUCCCAGUCCCCUGAGCCCCAGGAGAGCCAGCGUAGAUAUUCUGCCUCCUCAUCCCCUCUGCCUAAAGAGUCUGAACCGGAAGAUGCCAACUACAAAUUGGAUGGUCUUGUAGCUCACCGUGUAGCUGGAGUUCAGUCUGGUGAAAUGUCACCAGAUGAAACUUCAGUUCCUGGACGGUGCCGGACCAUCAGUGAGGACCUUUCCCAAGAUGAGAGCCCAACCCGAGGAAGCUCGGUCCGCUCCCCCAUCCGCUGCAUCUCACCCGAGCUGGCCAAUACGAUUGCUAUGAACCCUGGGGGGCGGCCCAAGGAGAGACACAUGCACAGCUACAGAGAAGCAUUUGAGGAAAUGGAUGGGGGUCCCGUCAGCCCCCCUCCGAUCGCUGGUGGUGAGGCCCUACCCCAAACCCCUGCCUUCCCUGUCUCGCCACAAACCCCUUACUUCAAUCUGAGUCGAUCUCCUCCAGGACUGGCUAAAACGCCACUGUCCUUCCUGGGCUUGAAGCCCCACAACCCUGCUGAGAUACUGCUCAACCAGACAGGCUCAGAGAGUGAGGAUGAGGAAGAGCCUCGUAGCUAUGUGGAGUCUGUGGCCAAAGCAGCUGCAGGUGGGCCGCCAGCGUCGCCUGUGUCUCCAACAAAUGACAGUAACAGCUUAGCACAUCCUGUCGGGCCGUCCCAUGCCUACAACGCUCCUCUUUCCUCCAGCAGCCCCAUUCAGAGCCCAGAUGCAGUUGAAAGCACAUUGACUGAUAGCGGGGUUGGGUUGAAUUCUCUGUCCCAGGCUGCUGUCGACUCUGUCCUUCACUCCCAGCACUCCGAAAGCACAUACCAAACACCCACACCCUCUUACCCCACCUCCAGCAGCAUGUUGGGUGGCUACAUCACCCCUGAUAUCAGGCCCUCUCUGCCAGAGACUGUGCAAAAUAACGCCACCACCAUCCAGCCACUCGCCGGAAGCCCUGGCACAAGACACCAAGCCAUCCUGCCCGAGGUGAUGUCCACUCCCGGUCUCCAGCACAGACUACCUAAUCAGGACAUCCUCGUUCUGGGCCGACAACCGACCCCGACCAACGGUCAUCUGCCUGGAAUGGCCAGUAGUCCCGUGCUAGGAAGACACGCAAUGAUGUCCCAAGGAACGCAGAGCAGUCCGAUGUUGUCUAGACAGUAUCCCGUAACCUACGGGACUCAGAGUAGUCCGAUUUUCAGCAGACAACCUAUGGGACAAGCCAUCCAGAGCAGCCCUGUCCUCAACCGACAGGCGUCCCUAAAUCAACUAAUCAUUCUGCCUAACCAAAGCAGCCCGGUGUUGAGUAGACAGCCGUCCAUUACCCAACCCAACCAGGGCAGCCCCGUCCUGAGCAGGCAAUCCUCACUUACACAUCCCAAUCAGGGCAGCCCCGUUCUGGGAUGCCACCCGUCCCUAACGCAGGGUAGCCCCAGUCUGGACAGGCACCCGAUGUACAGUGGCUACACCACUCCAGAAGAGCGGCACGGAGCCCUUUCGCGCCAGAGCAGUUCCUCUGGAUACCAGCCGCCAUCUACACCUUCUUUCCCAGUCUCCCCGGCUGGAUACAUAGAUGGAGUGGGAUUCAGACAGGGCAGUCCUGCCCCCCAACCUCAGCUCCCCGAAAAGAGAAGCAUGUCCAGCAGCGAUCGUUCCAAUGGUGGACUGUCCUACGGAACGCUCAAUGGGAAGAUGUCCUCCCCAGUGUCCAGUGGCGGCAGCACUCCAAGCGUUCAUUUCUUCCACACACUCCCUGAUUUCUCCAAACUCAACAUGUGCGAUGGAAGUCCAGAGACCAGGCUGCACGUGAAGUUUGUCCAGGACACGUCCAAAUUCUGGUAUAAACCAGAUAUCUCCAGAGACCAAGCGAUCAGCAUGCUGAAAGAUCAAGAGCCUGGAGCCUUUGUCAUUCGGGACAGUCAUUCAUUCAGAGGGGCCUACGGCUUGGCCAUGAAAGUUGCCUCACCACCUCCGACCCUGCAACCUACAAAGAAAGCUGGAGAUGUCACUAAUGAGCUGGUGAGACAUUUCCUGAUUGAGACGAGUCCAAAAGGCGUGAGACUGAAGGGCUGCCCUAACGAGCUGUACUUUGGCUGCCUGUCUGCACUGGUCUACCAGCACUCAAUCACUCCUCUGUCUCUACCCUGCAAACUAGUCAUACCAACCAGAGAUCCUCUAGAGGAGUCACCUGAGAUCGCAACGCCAACUAACCCGGCAGCAGAGAUGCUCAAACAGGGUGCAGGGCAGAAGAGUUCAUCUGACUCCCAUGCAUGCAAUGUCCUGUACAUAAACUCUGUGGAUAUGGAGUCUCUGACUGGGCCUCAGGCCAUCGCCAAGGCCAUCUCAGAAACCAUGGCAGCCAGUCCCGCACCUUCAGCCACCAUUGUUCACUUUAAGGUGUCGGCACAAGGCAUCACGCUCACUGACAACCAGAGAAAGCUUUUCUUCAGACGCCAUUAUCCCAUCAGCACGGUCACGUUCUGCGACCUUGAUCCACAGGAGAGGAAGUGGAGCAAAUCAGAGGGUGGCACUGCAAAGUUCUUUGGCUUUGUGGCCAGAAAGCAAGGCAGCACGACAGACAACGUCAGUCACCUGUUUGCCGAGAUGGAUCCCGAUCAACCGGCCACGGCCAUCGUCAACUUCGUCUCUAAAGUGAUGAUCAACUCUCAGAAGCGGUGAACUCUUCACGCAGCGCUGCUUUCUGGAGGACUUUCAUUUUGCUCUGUUUGAAUUCUUUUUAAGUUUCUGUUUUUUGUUCUGUAUGUUUGGGUGAGAGGCUGUGUGUAUGUGUGAAGAAGGGUUAUUCGGACGGCAGUGAGGAAGAGGGACAGAGGAAGUGCAGUGUGAGCGUAGAGGAGUGAAGUACAGAGGGGAGGUGAUCUUCAUCUCACUCGGA